AUGGAGGGAACUACGCUGGAGGAUCUUCAAUAUAUUCAAGAAUACAAACCUGAAAAAGAUGACAUCAGGUACCUUCGAGUGCUUCUUUAUGGACCUGUUGGUGCUGGGAAGUCCAGUUUCAUCAACUCUGUCAGUAACGUCAUUCGAGGUCGAAUGACAAUUCCUGCUUUGGCCAGUGCAACCACAUCUGACAAAAGUUUCACCAAAAGGUAUGAAACUCAUAAAUUCACUAGAGGACGAGGAAGCUCAAAGACAUUUUACCCUGUGGUCUUCAGCGACAUCAUGGGUCUGGAAGAUGGGGAAAUACAAGGAGUUCAUGCUAGUGACAUCAAGCUGGCCUUGAAAGGACAUGUGAAGGAAGGCCACAAGUUCAACCCAGUAGGUCCUCUAUCUGAAGAUGACCCAGGCUACAACCCGACACCCUCUGCUGAUGACAGAGUUCAUGUCUUGGUCUGCGUGAUGUCUGCCAACACCUUACAGAUUCAAUCAUCAGUUCUAGAAAAAAUGAAGACUGUCAGAGAAACAGCCAGUGAUCUGG